AUGACAAACGAAAUUUUAGCUUGGAUAACUGAUAAUGAAACUGAAUUUUGGACGGAUCAUCCACAUGUUUCAUCAUUAGCUUAUGUUAAACCAAUAUCAGUUAUGUAUCUUUCAACAACAAGUCAAGAUGUUCAACCUGAUGGAACUAUUAUUAUAUCUUAUCUUAAAAAUUGGUGUCAUUCACAGAGUAAUUUAGUUAAUUUAUUAAAAGCAAUUACAGUCAGUCGUCCAAUACUCUAUCCAACAAAUCUAAAAUCAUAUCCAAUAAGUUCAUCAUCAAUGCCAAUGCCAGUGUCUACAGGAAUGACUACUGAUGGAAACCCAUCAUAUUCAAAUCCAUAUGGAUAUUCAUAG